AUGCGAUCGGGGACCCCCUUACAACAACAGCAACAACAACAGCAGCAAUCAAACCUUCGCCAUCUCUCUCCCCGUCCAGAUCAACUCCUUCACCUGACCUGUUCAACCGCAACAAGUGCCCAGCCUGCCUCCAACGGCGGCCUCACCACCAUCACAGCCAUAACCAUAGCAGCAUCAUCGAUGGUAGGACAUCUCCCUCUGGCGCAGCAGUUGUCACAUCGUCUUCCGCCUUCAGCAGUGGACGAGCCCAAAGAAGGAAGAGCAGGAUCAAGAAGCCCAUCGAUCGCCCGAAGCGUCUCGUCCUUUUCGACCAACGGUGGGGCCGACUCUCCCAAGAACGGUGGUGGUACAGACCAACGGCCUCGAUGGGUCGGCGCUUGGUCCUCGACCUACACGCCUCCGCCCUCCAAAUCUGUCGCCCGACGACAAUCCCUCCUUCCCUCCAACAACAGCUCUCCCGCUUCACGCAACAGUAACAACAGUGGACUGGAUGAACCGCCUCCUUUACUUUCUGCGUAUGUGUCUGCGACAGCGUUGAAUCAGCCGCCACGGAGGGAGACCUAUGACCCAUCCGUGGUCAAGAACGGCGCCAGCAACCAUGCAAGGGGUCGCUCACCUUCGGCAGUCGUAUGCCUUGCUUCUGCUGCUAAAUAUGCAUCUGCUGCCUUCAAAGAGAGCAAUAACAGCACAAGCCCCUGUGACACCGUCGACAGUAGCAGCAGCAACAGUAACAGCAGGACAGUAAACGUGUGCCAUCCUAUCGGAAAGGACGAUUGCGACCACGACCACUUGGAUGGCGAGCACGGGAUGGAGGGCGUGCACGACCGUGAUGGGGAGCAUGGGUAUAUCGCCAGCUCCCUUGAUAGAUCUCUUACCUCUACUACCCCUUCAGCGGAGGGUGGACCCAGCAGGAAAACAACCGCUACUGCACCAGCGCCGACGGUCGGCAAGACAUGGCAAUUUGCACUCUUGCCCGCCCCACCACUCGAGACCUCACCUGCCUUGAUCCGCAAGUUCUUGUCCACCGAGGCCCUUACAGGAUCAUCAUCGCACUCCUCUUCCUCUCCCUCCAUCCCCUCGCACUUACCACCUGCCUCGAGAUCAUCUUCCUCUUCCUCAUAUGCUGGGCUGUUCGUUACUGCCCCGGCCGUAGCAGCUGUCAACCCCGUCCAAUUCCUCGCCACGAGCCGUGUCGUUGUCGCAGAGGCUGCUUCCUUCAUUGGCCAACACCCCAUGUCCUCAUCCGCAUCUGCUAUGUCAAAUUCAACAAUCACCCCUUCGAUGGAGGACAACAAGGAAUCGACGCCCAGUAUACUCGCUGCAUCGCUGUUGUCGUACGAGACCACGACCACACUGCUGGAACAAGAAGGAGAUGACAACAGCCACGCUUCCUCUCUCUUGGCCCGUUGGCAGCAGCGAAGUCCCUCCCCUCUUGGACAAUACAGCAUCGCCGCAGGAUCGUCCACCGACGCCGACGACCAUGAUGAUCGUUCGGUAACCCCUACCCCCAGCGGCAGAACUAACAGCCUCCGAACAAAACCCUCGUUCGACUCCCUUUCAGUUAUGGACCGACCAGGAACCCCUUCGACUUGCUCCUCACCCGCACAGGAGCUCUUCUCGAGGAUCAUGGACCAGAACAACGAUCAUAUCAAUAACAACUCACGGAGACAUUCGAUGGGUAGUCUUGUCGACAUUAUGGCCAGCAAGGCCCGGAUGUACCUCUCCCCCUCAUCCAGGAACAGCGUCGAUGGAUCUUCUCUUGCUACUCCUCCUGCGAACAACGGGAGAAAAACUACAUCGUCCUCUUCUCUCGGACAUUCCGCCCUCUCUUCAGAAAGACCACAUCGAAACUCAAUCUCCGACAUUGCAUCCGCAUCCACGACCACUCUCCCGCCAUUGCCACCCACUCAAACAAAUUCACCCCAGACACAAACCCGACCACAUCCACAUCAACAAGUCGUCCGUGUCUCGAGCAUCGAAUCCUUUCCGCGCCACCCCUCCGCCUCAUCCUCCAACCUCCGUAUCCAAUCCCUUCGAGACCUCUUCCGGUCCUCUUCCUCUAAUUCUUCAGCCUCUUCGUCAUCAGCGUCCGUAACGGGAGCAGCAGGGGCUGGGUCCAAUUCAAACUCCCUGACGACCACACCUAACCACUCCCGCACUCCCACUGUCGAAAGUGCUCCCCUCAACUACAAUACUAACGCAGGAGCAGGAACCAGUCGCCGUAACUCCCUCAUGGAUCUCUUGAUCCCUUUCACAUCUUCCAAACCAACACCACCUUCUACACCUUUGGAAGACGACCACCGCUCGACAACCGCGACAUCUUCCUCGUCGUCCUCAACAAUCACCCGCCACCGGUCAGAGACCAAUGGAUCUGCAACAUCGGCUUCUACCACCUCUUCUUCACCUUGUCCAUCCCCAGUCUUGAGGAAACUCGGCUCCCGCUCUUCACUCUCCUUGGUUGCCCCACCCUUGGUCGUCCCCCAGAUCAAGCAAUCGCCCAAACUCUCCCAUGCUACCCUCCUCUCCCUCACCCCCGCCUCUGCCGAUACCAACGAUUCCUCUUCCUCAGAUCCCUCCUCCUCGCAACCUAACAACACCAACAAUAAUGGAACGCUCCGCCGCCCCAAGUACCAAGUCCUCACUACUCCCGGCUCGACCACAGUAGGAGGACCCAGCAACAAGCCCUCGCCUUUUCCUUCCUUCACAGUCGUGAACGAGAUCUGGAUGGAUCCCACCACAAACACCCUCCACCAACUGCCAGGAGUCCUCCUCACACCCUCGCUACCCUUCCCCUCGUCCGACAAUUCCAUCGCCACCGCCUCAACUAUGACCCAGCUUCCCUCAACAACACCCGCUGCUAACGGACCAGAGGGAACUCCUGAAUCUCUUGAAUGGCCAUGGACAAACAUGAACCCAGCAGACCGCGACAAGUGGCCCGCCGCAUUCCACAUCUCGGCCCAACACGGCGGAAUUCUUGCUCUCCCACCUACUUACUCCCCCGGUUCCGAACUUGACGAAGCCACGGCCAUCUCCUUCUCCCGCACCCACUCCUAUGGUCUCCCUCUCGACUACGGGUCGUCUGUCAUGGAAGCACGGAGGUAUUUUGGAACCGGAGGCAUGGAGAGUGUUCAGAGCAGUCUUGCAGGAUCGAGGGUUUCCGGAUCCGGGUCAUUGUAUUUCGACGAGACUUUGGGACAGACGCCCUAUGGGAACGGGUACUAUUAUGGACAACAACAUGCACAACAUGGUCCCCUAGGUCCUCCUGCUGCCACUGGCUAUUAA